AUGCGUCAGCGUUUCUGGCCACUCCGAGGUCGGAACCUAGCUCGAAUGGUGGUGCGGCGGUGUGUUACUUGCUUCCAGUGCCAUCCCAAGUCCACUAAUCAAAUCAUGGCGCCGCUACCAGCCGUUCGUAUUACACCAGCACGACCCUUUUUGUACUCGGGAAUGGAUUAUUGUGGGCCGUUCCUCGUUCGGCCAUUGAGUGGAAGGGGCGCAUCUCUGUUCGUGUGUCUAGUGGUAAAGGCCGUGCAUAUCGAGAUCGUUGUUGAUUUGUCCGCUGCGUAUGCCAUCAAACGUUUUAUCGCGCGCCGCGGCCGUGUCGUCGAACUUCACUGUGAUAAUGCGACUGCAUUCGUCGGAGCAGAUCGCGAGCUCGCGGCUUCACGUGCUGAAUUCCUGCAGCAAUUCAAAGGAGAUGAGUGGCGACAUUACUGUCUGGACAAUGGGAUCAAGUUCCAGUUUAUCCCAGCACGAUCGCCACAUUUCGGGGGUAUCUGGGAGGCUGGAAUUAAGUCUCACCAUUUUCGCCGCAUAAUGGGACUGCAGGCGUUUUCGAUUGAUUAA